CAACCCAGUCUCCAAACAAAUCAAUUUUCAACUUUUUGGCUGCACAAUGAAGCUCUCCUUCGCUGUCGUACUUUUCUCCGUCUUUGCUCUUCCUGCUUUCGCGACGCAGGUCGAAGUGACCUACGACGACUUCUAUGACAAUGCAUCCACUUCCCUGGACACUGUCGCUUGCUCUAACGGUGCCAAUGGCCUGUUGACAAAGGGCUUCACCACCUUCGGCUCUCUUCCGUCUUUCCCCAAUAUUGGGGGUAUUCCAAAUGCCACUUACAAUUCGCCUCUAUGUGGUUCUUGCUGGGAGUUGCAGUACACAACUACUGGUAUAUCCGAGAGCAUCUACAUUACCGCUGUUGAUGCAGGGUUUACAUUCGAUCUGUCCCUCCAGGCAUUUGAUGAAUUGACAGCCAACACUGGUGUCCCUGCGGGCAAGGUCUCUGCUACCGCCACCCAGGUAGCCGAGAGCUACUGUGGCUUGUAAUGAUAGGCAAGUCGUUUUACAAUACAUGGGUCCCGAUGCAAACAAAAGCUUACUUCCGGACAAGCAGUAAUGUCACAUCACCAGGAUAUCUUGAAGUUUCAAGAAUUAUUAGUUUACACUAUGGACCUUUCGUCUCACCGGCUUGCUUCUUCUGCCUCUGUUGUUAUAUAUAUGUACUUGGCUUUCGGUUUCGAUUUGAAGUACAAUUGUUCACCUACUAGUACUCACCCCCGUUCAUUGUACCCGACUUGCAUUAACUUGAUUGUCUAUAACUGGAAAUUCGUCCUGAUCUGAUGUGUCAUCGGCGCCUGCGGAGCUUAUAAUCAACACAGACAUAGGGGGUGAACAAUUCAUUCUCUUCCAAAGUCGCCAUCAUGAGUCUCUAUCAACUUGCUCCCAAACCGCCCACCAAGCUUGGCAUAUAUCGUACCCUAGCUCCCAC